GUACGAAUAUUUGAUGUGUAUUUGUGGUUAUGUGCAGUGUUGUGGAUGUUAAGCAGUAAAUAUUUAAAGAAUAGGAAUAUCUGCAACAUUCAACAUCUACGAGAUCAUAUGGAAAAUGAUUAUUUUAAGGCACAUUUGAAGAUGACCAGACUGAAUACGUUGUGCGUCGUGCAAUUUAAGACUUUCUUUUGUAGAAAAUGGAAAAUUAGAAUAUUUAAAUGUUACAGAAAAUUUUGCGAUAUCGCGACUGCUGAAAAAGCUGAAAAGACAUGCCAAAACUUCAAUGGCCGUUUGGUUACUAUAUGCAGUGAGGAGGAGAACACAUUCGUUGCAGACCUUGCACACCAUAAUAAAGAUAGGAAAGGAAUUACAAAUAAUUGGCUACGGAUGAGCGGUUCCACUUGCAAAUAUCGUAACUGGGCUUCAAAGGAACCAAAUGACCUUACCCACGAUGAAGACUAUUGUCACCUGUGGACCAGUCGACUUUAUUUCCGUAAAUGGAAAGACAACCGAAAAAAGCGAGAUCAUCAUUAUCUUUUGUCAUUGAAGCAAUUGGUUUGCGUUUGUCUGUGUUGUCUUCUUCUUGAACUGACUGCCGUGGACCAAACGCAAAGCGUAUGCCCCAGUGACAAUUGCGACGUCUGUCACAUACCGCGGGCCGACUCGCCGCGUGCGACGGCUGCGGCGUGA